GGGUGAGAGAGAGAAAGGACGAGCAGCCUGCGCGAACGGGCGUGCGCUCCGUACUAGCAGACGACAGCGAGCUCUUGCAGACGACGACAACCGGCGGGCGACGCCAUGUUGUUUGUGCAGUGACGUUCGCACCUCUCGCGCACGCGUUGAUCCAUUUCCACCGCUUGAUUAGUCGGAUUGUCGUCACGUUUGCGAGUUCCCGACGCUGAAACAAUCGAACGCUGCUUCCAACGCGCUUAACGGUGGUUUCCUUCGUGGAGAGAGCGGGCGGCUGAUGUCAAGCGCCGCUGGCGGAUACGCAAGCUGCUUCGCAGACGGUUCAUCGGGCCACUGCAGGGAUUUAUCUGGACUGCUCCGCCCACGCGUCUGUUGGAAUGUAGGAAGCGAUUCUUGUAGGAUUUGAACGACCGACACUACAACCGACGAUAUGGCACCUGGGUCAUCGGCCUGGGCCGCUGACUCGUCUAUCGACGGCCUGCUGAUGCGGCUACGCAAGUCCUCGCUGCAGGCCCGGGCCGCGCCCAUGCCGGAGCCCGAGCCCGCGCCCUCGGCCGGCGCGGAGCCCGCGGUCUCGCCCGCGGCCGCCGUCGCAGGGGCCGCGGCAGCCGCCCCUGCGCCACCCAACGCCACAGUGGUUGCGGCCGCCGAGGAAGAGCAGAUCUUCGAGGAGAUGCUGCACAAGGCCUCCGACGUCACGCACAUUCCCCCAUGGGGCAUCGUGAUGAUCCUGAUCGCGGUGGCGCUGCUGCUGCUCUGCAUUUGCUUCUGCUGCCUUCGCCGCUGGUGCAGGCGACGCAAGAAGGACGCCAAGAAGGGACUCAAGGGCGCCGUAGACCUCAAGGGCGUUCAGCUGCUGGGAAACGCCUACAAGGAGAAGGUUCAACCGGACAUGGAAGACCUCCAGGACAACAUGGAGAACAAUGAAGGCGACGGCGAGAGCAAAAAGUCCGAGGAAAAACUGGGCAGGCUCCAAUUCAAGCUUGACUACGACUUCAACACCAACAACCUGGCCGUGACAGUGAUCCAGGCAGAAGACCUGCCUGGGCUGGACAUGUCCGGCACGUCCGACCCCUACGUCAAGGUCUACCUGUUGCCGGACAAAAAGAAGAAGUACGAGACCAAGGUCCACCGCAAGACCCUCAACCCUGUCUUCAACGAGACGUUCAACUUUAAGGUUCCCUACGCCGAGAUCACCUCCAAAACGCUGGUGUUCGCAAUUUUCGACUUCGACCGCUUCUCCAAGCACGACCAGAUCGGAGAGGUGAAGGUGCCCAUGAAUACCAUCGACCUCGCGCAGACCAUCGAGGAGUGGAGGGACCUGACAGGCGUCGAAGGAGAACAAGGACAGCUGGGAGACAUUUGCUUCUCGCUCCGCUAUGUCCCCACGGCCGGCAAGCUGACGGUAGUCAUCCUGGAAGCCAAGAACCUCAAGAAAAUGGACGUCGGAGGACUCUCCGACCCCUACGUGAAGAUUGCACUAAUGAUGAACGGAAAGAGGCUCAAGAAGAAGAAGACGAGCAUCAAAAAAUGCACCCUGAACCCCUACUACAAUGAGUCCUUCACCUUCGAAGUCCCAUUUGAACAAAUACAGAAGGUGCAGCUGGUUGUCACGGUGGUCGACUACGACCGGAUCGGGACGUCCGAGCCCAUCGGGAAAGUGGUGCUUGGCUGCAACGCCACGGGCACCGAGCUGCGCCACUGGAUGGACAUGCUGGCCUCCCCUCGCCGCCCCAUCGCGCAGUGGCACUCGCUCAAGGAUCCCAGCGACGGACAGGACAACUGAGCUGGCCUCAGUGGUUAACCAUCCAAGCUUAAGGCCACCACCAGCGAUUUCUUUGUGGAGCCUCGCCUCUCGCCGGGAUUUUCGUUCUGCUCCCCGAAUUUGGUCUGUCCGUUCUGUUCCCUGCCCCCAAGUGUACUUCCAUCUUCUCCGAUUAUCUCGACCCUGUACAUAGCCUUGUUUCGUCCACGUGAACUCGUAACGUGUGGUUUUCCCUCCGAAUUGUAAAGAGUCACUCGAACCGAAGGAGCGUUGCAUGGAAACACCCUUGGGGAAGAACAAAAAGCGACCGUUGACUGACAUCAGUUCUCGUACACAAAACCAUAAAUCGUCAAAACGGUAUCUAAUUAAAAUAUUAUUAUUGUUUUAACAAGCUUCUUCGAGUGCACAGUGCAGCGAAACAAAGAUGGUAACAGUGCACGCUGCAGCGAAACAAAGAUGGUAACAUUAAACCCGCAUCAUAUCUCAAGUCGAAAUUCACUUCACUGGCACGAAUUUAAUACGAAUCGAUGCUCCCCAUUAUAUAUAGUAGUAUCGUCUUGGUUCCUAACACUGCCCCUGAAUUGGCCCUGGGAGUGUCAAGUCAACGCACGUUUUAUUCGACUGUCCUGUCCUCGACGUUCCAUCGAUGCCCUGUCGCUUCGAGUGACUCGGUGUCAUUGUUAGGACUUCGGUUGUCCACAAAACUCAUGUCUCUUUGGUGUCGGUGUGUUCAAUGCUCUAUUUUUUUUCUUUUUCUUAAACAAUGAAAUUGAGGCUGGGUGAGUGCGCAAUGUGUUGUACUGUGUCCCCGAAGCUGUGUGAAGAGCAAGUUGUGUGGGUUCCUCGGAAAAAGAAAGCCACCAAAUCUUUGGUUCGUUGUGAUGAGUCUUCGCUGGAGCGAACAAGUGAGAAAGAUGAAGGUAUUUGUUUCGUGUUGUUUUUUUUUCCCUCGAUUUUAGUUGAAAGGCACUUGGAGAGGGAAAGAAAGUCUGAGUGUACCCGUGAGCGCUAGAAAAUCGGUGCGUCGUCGGCGUUGAAAAUGUGCGGUGUCUGAGAGCGUGUAUUCUUAUUUCGAUUUUCAUUUAUAUGCAAGGUGUUCCGCCUACCCCAUAAUGUGUGGUAUUUUAUUUCGAAGCACACUAGUCCCUUCGACGAAUGUUGUUUUAACCGCCUUCGAUGUACAUUUGCUGUCCCCUCAAUGAACGGAGUUUCCUUCUAACUCAUUAUGUGUUUCUGUGACAGUACCCCUUGUUUUCAUUUACGGGCUCAUCGAGUAGUCCGCGUUCCAUACAGUCGCGAGAAUUUUACGUAUUUGUUAGUUCGAAAUAUGGCAGAAAGCCUAAAACAAUCUGUCAGUUGUCUUUGUCGCUUACCUGCAAGAAUUCAUGUGUUUCUUUUCAAAACCCGCGUCAGAGAUCUUCUCGACUCGCAACUGCAAAACGCAGCCGUGAAUGUAUUCUUCAGGUGUGCCAUGCGUGUACUCGCACGAUGAGACCUUCGAGGCCCGUAUUCGUCUGCGUGAUUAAUCAAAACCGUAGUUCAAAGGAAACUACCGCCAUUACCGUACGAUAUUGUACCUCAAGAGGCAAUUUUCUCGAGCAUUGUCUAACGCUUUAUUCUUGAAAGUUGGCUGUUUUUUUAUUUUUGUGUUUCUUUCGGUGUUUGCCGGAACUCAUGGGUUUUAGCAAUGGAUUUGUUGACAUCACUUCUUGUUGCCAGACAGUGUUUGCGAUAUCACCACUUAUCUUGUGUGACCUAGAUGACUAAGUUGUACAGUGCGCCGCAAUAUGAAAGACCCACUGGGAGCGGGUGGCCGAGGCGGUGGCUGGUGGGGGCGCUGCGAGCGCUCCGGGCAGUUCCAUUCUGCUUCGAGGGGAGGACGCUCACUCGGGGCGCAGCUAAAGCGCGCGCUUAUCCGUUUGUGCUGAGCGCCGAGUGAGCGUCCUCCCCUCGAAGCAGAAUGGAAUUGCCCGGAGCGUUCGCAGCGCCCCCGCCAGCCGCCGCGUCGGCCACGCGCUCCCAGUGGGUCUUUCAUACUGCGGCGCACUGUACAUCUCCGGAAUAGGCAACUACGAAAUAGAUGACGAGGGUGUACUAAUAUAUUUUCGCUAGAGCGUCGCGCAGCAGAUAUCAAACUAAGCACAGCUUGGGCUGGAUCCUGGUUAGAUUUUGACCGAUUGCUCUAUUUUUAUGGUUAUUUUUGUAUCGUAGGUGUUGACCCUCGCAAAGUAUUGACUUUAAAUCCGAUACUUUAGGCGAUAUAUUUAUAACGUUAGCCGCUUUAACAAAGUUUAUACAGGUGACCUUUUCUUCUCGGAGAAGCCAUACAAUAAAAACAAAAAGCCUUAGCAUAUAGAUUUGUUGGAAUAAAAUUCGAGUGCAGCCGAAAAUGAGAUUCACGUUACGAAAUGACUGCAGCUGUUUUACAAUUCGCAAGAAGAUAAUAAUGACAAGUAAAAGAGGCAAAUACAGUACUUGAGCAAGGGCAUGUGCAAGAUUGCGCGACUUUUUGUUUUGCCCUGAACUUAUAAUACAUUCUUUAUUGAAAUUGAAAAAAAAAAUUCAGGCGUUUUAGAGGCUCUACGUUAUUUUAAUUUACGGAAAUAUUAUGGUCCUUCGUUAUAAAAAAAAAAAAUUACAAAUUAAAAAAAAAAAAUGUCUAUCCGACUCGAUGCGAAAAAAAAAAAGAACGUCGGGCUUAGGAAUAAGAAGUAAACGUUCCAAAGGCUCUAAUUAUAUUUGGGUAAUUCUAACCUCUAUAGUUCUUCCGGUGAUACAUAACGAUGACUGCAGUUGUUCGGCCGACAUAAUUUUAUUUAACGUUUUGCUGACGGCGGAAUAACCCAGAAUUUUGGAGACGUUAUGCAGGUGCGUUUUCGGCAAUCUCAAAAUUGCAGAGUUGCCCCGAAAGACAGCUCUUGCACCGAAGUAGCGUUUUCCCUCAACGCGACUUUACCGCGGCCUUUUUCCAUUUGUUCCUGGUGGCUCUUUCAAGAGGUUCGUGGAUCGGUGUGCAUGCCUGUUCAGAGAAGACAUCUUCGAAGGCGAACUUCUCUCGUUCCCCCUACCCCUCUGAUGGCCGUCGCCGCGGCUUUCAUGAUACGUGGAGCGGGGAGGGCAUCUCCCUGCUCUCCGAUCGGACAUUCCAGCUUCCUAAUGAUCUCAAAACAGCCUGUGCGCCUGGGGGUUUCAUCUCUCGGAAAUACAAAUCCAGAAUAUUCUAUCCGCCAUUUUUAUCUCUAUUCACUAAAAACAAAUUAUAAGAUGUUGUAAUGCUUUCAUCUGCUCCUGUGUACUACUUUUGAUUUUGGUAGGGCUCAGUACUUCUAGUUUGUCACCGGAACCAAGAAACAACUGGAAUUAUUUAUAAGGCCAGCUGUUAACGUUUUCGUGUCCGUAGCGUGCAGUUUCAAUGGUGACGUCACACUGACGACGUCCCAGAGGUCACGUGACGUCAUGAGCGUUUUAAGAUGUUCUCACUGACAUCAUCACGUGCACACAGUAACGACGUCACGGUGAGCACACGACGUUACAUGGUGGCGUGAAGUAGGGUCACGUGACCAUGUUUUUUUUAUGGUCACGCGAUUUCAUGUAACGGGACUUCAAGCGACAUCAUGGCGUCAUUGAGGGUCUAUAAAUGUAUGCAUAUAAGGGUGUCUUUGGUAUUUACCAAAGACAGAGGCAGUUUUAUAUUACAAAGUUUGCAUUAUUGUUUUAAGUACAUCAAUACAAAUUUACCUAUAUUAUCAUUAGUAUUUAAAAUGAGACUCUUUUUAUAGUUUUUCCCAUAACACUAUUAUCAAUACAUAUGAAAAUUUAAUCAAACAGCGUCAUACAUCAUCAUUUGUUUUAGACCCAAACGCUUCAAAACCAUUUGAAAAAAAAAAAUAUUUAUACGCUGGUCAUUCUUGUUCUUUUGUUUUAUUUUUAUUAUCAAUAUUCGAUGACAUCGCUAAAACAUUGGUACAAAGAGGUUCCUUUUUUUUUUUUUUUGUCCGCGAUGCAAAAUGCAAACAAUCUGGACUUGUGUUUCUGUGAAGAGAACCCAGGGCCUCAGGACUGCUGUAAAAGCUCUAGUCUCUUAGUCCAUUACCGUUCGCUGUCAUAUCACUUAGCGGAAAAGAAAGUCUAUCUAAUACUGUUAACGCGUGUGUGGGCGCAUGUACACUCGUUACUUCGGUGACUAGGAAUCGCGCCUGUUACGCAGGACCAGAACUAUCCAGUACGCUGAGUUGCGUUUGAGGUUUUCAACGAACCUUCGGCCUACUUGAGGCAUAAGUAGAAUACAAACAACUAUAUUUCGUUUUUUUUCUUUUAAGUCCAAGCGGGACUCAAGGUUUUAGAAACACAAAACUGCAGAGAAAACAAGAUGCCACGACGCACUCUUAGCACUUGAUUUGAUCAAUUCGCGGUAAACCGCGCAUCGAAGCACGAAAGAUACCACGACAUAAGGCUUUCCAAGUACCUUCAUUGGCCCCAUUGGCCCUUAGUGCUGGUAGCGUUUGCGCUUAAAAUAAAACCGAGUAUACCUGCCUUUCAAGUGAGGUUCUAAGACCUGCGUGUAAGACAUUAGCCGGUUGUUGCCGUCACCUGAGUGUGGUCGAUACUUCAAAGAAUAGUUAAACCGGCGAUAGCACAAAAUAUCGGGUCAUCGUUGGCAUCUUGUUAAGACCUGUUCAAGAGAUAAGCUACCUCGAAAUCUGUCAGUCUUGCAAUGGAAAUCAAUUCUAGAAGAGGCAAUUUGAUCUAUCGCGAAAUAGCUAUGUAAGUACUUAAUAUAAAAAUAGCUUAUAUCAUAUGACAAAGGCAGCCUUUGGGUUGAGUGCGUCGCGUGUUUGUAGCCGGUCUAUUCGGGCUUCUAUAUGAAUUGUGAGAUAUUCUCUACUUUAGGUGUUUCGCUUUCUGAAUCAAAUCCUCGAUGAGCUAAUCGUGACACUCUUAACUCCUAAAGCAAAAUUACGAUAACUCCGUGAGAAAACAAAAAUGCCGUUCUGGAUGGUUCUAGUCCUUUCCAAUUGAUGGGUGUACAUUUUGUUUUACCGAACUUGUUAAACGCACUACCUUCUAACCCUAGGGUGUAGCCUCGUGGUUUCACUUUAUAACAGAUAUUGCGUCUUUUAAACUGUUUCUUUUUAACGCGUUGUUGUGACCCCAGGAAUUCAACAUGUAUUUCGAUGCGUUCGUGUGUCGAACAACAUGUUAUAUUUUAGGAAGCAAAUCAAAUAAUUUUGAGCACGUGGUCAGAAAGGCUUCUGGGUGCACUGGACGACAAAAUGCACGGUUGAAUUGUGUUGCGUUUGUGAUACUAUCAAUGGAGUCUUAACCGUCUAGCCCUUACGAGCACUUGCAGUUGUAUAUCUUGUAUCAUAGUACACUGUGCGUCGACUAUACAUACUAUUUAACAGUACUUACGCAGUUCCAGUCGCAACAGAAAAAGAAAAUGACCUCAUGUAUACUUAAACAAGGUGGUGUGAAGACGUGUACAUAAUUAUAACACCGCCUCUAAUACCGAUUGCCCGAGCGAUAUGAAUGAUUACUGUGGAUGUUGACAUUUUGUUUCAGCUUGUGGCAAAUAAAUCGAUUCCUUACUCACA